AGAGAAAGUAAACUGUAGAGUCCUAAAACGACGACUAAAUUAACAAAAGACGAACCCUUUUAGGGUUUUAAUUCACAACAAUCUAACAUUCUGUCGAUUUACCAUCCAAAGUCUCCGAUUCAAAACGUCGAUCAUCUUCACCAACACUGAUUCUUUUAGCCAUGACUGAGUAUUGGGUGAGUCAAGGCAAUAAAUGGUGUGAUUUUUGCAAGAUUUAUAUAUCAAACAAUCCUUCUAGUAUUAGAAACCAUGAACUUGGCGUACGCCAUAAAGAGAGCGUUACCAAAAAGCUCGCUGUUAUGCGAAAAGAUAAUGCUGCUAAGGAGAAGCAGCAGAAGGAAGCAGCUCAUGCUUUUGAACAAAUUGAAGCUAAAGCUAAGCGUAGCUAUCAGAAAGAUGUAGCGAAUAUUGAGGAGGCCAGUAGUGCACAUGCAUUAGAUUUUCAAGAGGAUGGUCAAGAGGAAUGGGAGCAUGACCAAUCAUCAGGGUAUUACUACAAUCGAAAUAAUGGAUUGCAUUAUGAUUCAAAAUCAGGCUUUUAUUAUUCUGAUUCCAUAGGCAAGUGGGUGACACAAGAAGAGGCGUAUGCUUCAGUUCAGAUCUUGUCAGAAUCCAAUUCAAAAAAGCCCAUCUCAAUGUCAGCUGGAGGUUCAGCUAAGGAAAUAAAAAAUGCUGCUCAAAAUGGGCCUGCACCCGGUCCAAAGGUUUCAGGUGCUUUUCACCCUUUGAGAACUUUUAAAGGUGCUGCUACUUCAGCAGUUGCUGUGAACAAGAGAAAGAGGCAGGAUCAGAAGCCGAAGGUUAUAUCUGAAGAAGAAAAAGCUGCACUUAAAGCAAGGGAGGCUGCCAAAAAGAGAGUUGAGAAAAGGGAAAAAAGUUUGCUUGGCCUUUACAAACACUGAUUUUAAAGACCUAAAUAUCUUCAUUAUAUAAGGGAUACAGAAGUUAUCUGACAGAAGAUAGCAAAUGGCGACUGUAUUCUCAACCUGCAUGUGGAAACAGUCCAAAAGUGUUGGGCCCUAACCCAGUGUCUUAUAUCCUCGUCAAUCUCGCUGACAGAUAAAUUUGGGGGGAAAAAUGGUGAGGGAAUGGGUUGUUAUGAAGUUUAUUUAUAUUGACAGAAAUUUCAUGAUCUUUUAUAACCAUUUUAUUCCAGAAAAUAGUGGGGUUCGAGCAUUGCGCAACUAUUUGUAGUUGAGAUGCAAGUCUUAUUGGAAACAGAUACUGAACAUGGCGAGUUGCUUUGUAUUUGUGAUGUACUAUUAAACUCUUACUUCAUUCAUGACCGCUAUUCAAGAAAUGCAAGGCCAAUACAAUGAGCUAUUUAACUGACUA